AUGUUCAUCCAAGUUUCUUUGAUAAUUUCGAAACAUACCCAAAUCAGGCCACUUUCUGUAUCCUAUUCAGGCGAACUUGGCCUACGAAGGUGGGGCGUUGUGAGUGGGCAGGGGGUUGUACUAAAAGGAGCUGAAGCCUGGGACACCGGCUUGCCGUAUGCCUCCGACAUGUGGCCGUCUACACUUCAGCAGGCGCUCAUCAGUCGGUCUGUUUUGCGUCUCUCCUCGGAGACCAUCAGCCGAGGCCGGUGA